UUUCACAAACUUCACAACAUUCGCGCCAAAUACGUUCGUCGUGUUGUGCUUGUGAGACUGUGUUCCCUUUUACUGUGAAAUAUUGGUACAAAAAUGCCGAGAAAAUUGCAGCAUAAUAACAACAAAUUUACUUCACCAAUUACUUGGGUUGGCAAGCAAUACCAUCCAGAUAUAAAUAGUGUUAAGCUUCAGUUUUCGGCGUUCUACUCGAAAUGUAUCUUUGGUGCGCUUACACUGGAGGUGGGAAACUACGUGCUCGUGUCCGACAUGGAUGCGGCUGAACCCGACUCGGUGGAUGGUUGCGAUGUGGCCCGUAUUGUACACAUGUACGAGGUGUUAAACACUGACUGCACCAAUAUGGAUCCGUGCCGUGCAAUCGUCGAGUGGUAUUCUAGACCAUCAGCCCUGCCGGGUAAAAUCAAUAACGACGAGAACUACGCUUUCGACCCACGUGAAGUUAUUGCCGAUGCGCGCUUCAGUCCGGAUAUUUCGAUCGAAACAAUUUUCAGCCUGUGCUGUGUCGUGCAUGUGUCGCCGCAAGUAAAUGUAAAGGAACUACAGCUGCUGAAACCUUCCCCAAACUGUCCAACAUUUUUUGCUCGCUACAAGUUGGUGAAAUCAACCGGCAGAAGGUGGAACCUUGACCCAUUGAUCCAGAAGCCCGGGGCGGCAGUUAGCCCACGGAAAAGAAGAUCCAUGUACGAUAGAUCAAACGUGGCUACGACGGAAGCUCCCAAAACACCGAAGCUUAAGCUUACGCGUACCAAGUCGAUGGAGAACAUGGCAAUACUGACUCCACAACAGAAGUCCAAACUGCUGGAGGAUCGCUGGGCAGUAAAGAUCGUGGAUGUGAAGCGUAACAUCGACGAUGUGGCGGACAUAUUGAGUGAGAUAGAUAUUAGCGAUAACGAAGUUAAAAAGACACCCUCGCGCCAAGCGAAGGGUCGCCGUAGUAGUAUGCACCUAAGGCUCAAUGCCAACCUCAAUACGUACGCAUCCAACAGCGGCACGGAAGACGAAUGUCUCAACUACUCGAUCGUGCGAGAUGAUGUAGCGAACGAGCAGCAUAUAAAGAUAAAGCUGCGCCUUUCGGAGAACCAGAAAAAUCCCGAAACACCCAGAUCGUUGCGCAAGAGGCUUCCGUCGUCGUCGUCCUCCGUGUCACAUGAACAUGUCUCACCGCCCAAGUGCCGUAAAUCGUUACUUCCAUCGGAUACGGAGCAUGCGAGCACUCCGACCGGACGCUCGCACCGGAAAAGCAUCCUGAAAACACCGAACACCACCGGAUUGCAGCACGCUGGCACGCCAAAACGAAACAUUCAACUGUCGAACAUAGUUGAGGAGUGUGCGAACGGACGUCGAGUAUCGCGUGUGCUAAAGCUGUCGCCCAAGAAACCGGAUUCGGAAUCGGAACCGAUGGACGAACCUAAAACGCCUAAACGCAGCAGCCGAGCCUCACUCGCUGCGAGUAGCGCUACGAAAUCGACACCAAAAAGCGCGAGCAAGAUGAAGCUCAUCCGCGAUGGCACUAUUAAACCAGCCAUCCAUUCGCGGGAUGCUCCAUUGGAUAAUCAAAUGAACGAACUGGCGAUUGCCCGCGAGCGUCUGCACGUAUCGGCCACCCCGGCUAGCCUGCCGUGCCGCGAGAAGGAGUACGAAGAGAUAUACAACUUUUUGGAGGGUAAAAUUUUCGACGGCUGCGGUGGAUGCAUGUACAUAUCUGGCGUUCCCGGUACGGGUAAAACGGCCACCACGACGGCCGUAAUACGAGCGCUUCAGCAUCUGUCGGCGGACGAGCAUAUACCCAGGUUCGAGUUUAUCGACAUCAACGGCAUGAGGCUGACCGAACCACGCCAGGCGUACGUACACAUCCACCGGCAGCUGACCGGGAAGACGCUGGCCUGGGAGCAGGCGUACAAUUUGCUAAACAAGCGAUUCACCACCAAAGCACCGAGACGCACGACCACGGUGCUGCUGGUGGACGAGCUGGACAUUCUGUGCAACAAGCGGCAGGACGUGGUGUACAACCUGCUGAACUGGCCCACCAUGCCGACGGCCCAGCUGAUCGUGGUCACGAUCGCCAACACGAUGGAUCUGCCGGAGCGUUUGCUGAAGGGAAAAAUUUCGUCCCGCCUCGGGCUAACCCGGCUCACGUUUCAACCUUACAAUUUCCGCCAGCUGCAGGAGAUUGUGAUGGCUCGCUUGGUAGGAAUGAGCUCGUUCAAUAGCGAUGCCGUGCAGCUGGUGGCGCGUAAGGUGGCGGCCGUUUCAGGCGAUGCCCGCCGAGCGCUGGACAUAUGCCGGCGUGCCACCGAACUGGCCGACGAUCAAGCGCGAAAGACAGACCAAGCCGUUACAGUAUCCAUGACGCACGUGACGCAAGCACUGACGGAAAUGAUCACCAGUGCCAAGGUGCGAACGAUUCGCAGCUCGUCGCGCAUGGAACAGCUGUUCCUGCAGGCCGUUACAGCGGAAGUCACUCGUACCGGGGUCGAGGAAUGCAACUUCCUGGGCGUAUAUUCACAGCUCGAAGCGCUGGCCGCGUUUUCCGGCGUUAGCGUACCCAACCCCGGCAGGGCGAUGGCGAUCUGUGCCCGGCUAACGGCGUCCCGCAUACUGAUUUGCGAGGGCGGCAGUAACGAUAUUUAUCAGAAAAUUCUUCUAAACAUCAGCACGGACGAUGUGCAUUUUGCACUGCAAGCGAGCAAACUGCUCUAGGCAGGGGGGGGGGGAGUUGUUCUGGAAACAAAAGCUUGACCAUAGAUUUUAUUUUACCUAACAAAACAAAUAGUGUGUGCAUUAAAAGACUGUCUAUUAUUCUUUACGCAU